AGCGCCGGCAGCAGCAUGGACAGGACGCCGUGGCUGAGCGCGAACCCGGGCGCGGGCGCGGACGUGGGCAUGGACAUGCGCAUGCGUUUGGGGAUGGGGAUGAGCAUGGGCGGGUGGAUGCUGGGCCCCGGCGGCUGGUGGCACCCGCACGCCCACCACAACGCGUACGCGCCCGCCCACGCGCACGCCCACGCGCACGCCCACGCGCACGCCUACCCGCAGCCGACGCCGCUGUUCGCCUACCCGCAGCCCAUGCGAGCGCACUGCGGAAUCACCCUGGAUGGCUCCAUUAUGGGCGGCCCGCAGUCGCCCCUGGACAUGAAACCCGACACCGCCUCCCUCAUCAGUUCGGGUAGCUUCAGCCCCACGGGCGGAGGCGGGGGUGGCGGCGGAGGCGGCCCCAACAGCCCCACAGGCGGCCAAGGCAAAAGCUCUUCAACCAUCCAAUAUCCGCCCAACCACCCUCUCAGCGGUUCGAAACACCUCUGCUCUAUCUGCGGCGACAGAGCUAGUGGCAAACACUAUGGAGUUUACAGCUGUGAAGGCUGCAAAGGAUUUUUCAAACGGACUGUUCGAAAAGAUUUGUCAUAUGCUUGCCGUGAAGAGAAGAACUGCAUUAUUGACAAGCGACAACGCAAUCGUUGUCAGUAUUGUCGUUAUCAGAAGUGUUUGACUAUGGGAAUGAAGAGAGAAGCAGUUCAGGAAGAACGGCAGAGAACCAAAGGGGAGGCACAAAAUGAAGUGGAAUCCACAAGUAGCCUGCAUGCGGACAUGCCUGUGGAACGCAUAUUGGAGGCAGAGAAGCGGGUGGAGUACAAGACGGAAAAUAACAUGGAGUUUGAGAAUACAAUGAACAACAUCUGUCAGGCAGCAAAUAUAUGCCAAGCUACCAACAAGCAGCUCUUUCAGUUGGUUGAAUGGGCCAAGCACAUCCCUCACUUUACUUCAUUGCCUCUUGAAGACCAAGUACUUCUUCUGAGAGCAGGGUGGAAUGAACUUCUUAUUGCUGCCUUUUCUCAUCGUUCAAUGGAAGUGAAAGAUGGCAUUGUGCUAGCCACAGGCCUCACAAUUCACCGAAAUUCAGCUCAUCAGGCUGGAGUUGGUACUAUAUUUGACAGAGUUCUUACAGAAUUAGUAGCAAAAAUGCGAGAAAUGAAAAUGGAUAAGACUGAGUUGGGUUGUUUGCGCUCCGUUAUACUUUUCAAUCCAGAUGUUAGAGGCCUGAAGUCGCAGCAGGAAGUGGAAAUGCUGAGAGAAAAAGUUUAUGCUGCUUUAGAAGAGUACACACGUACAACACAUCCUGAUGAGCCUGGUCGAUUUGCUAAACUGCUUCUUCGUCUGCCAGCACUUCGCUCAAUUGGUUUGAAGUGUCUGGAGCACUUGUUCUUCUUCCGGCUCAUCGGAGAUGUCCCCAUUGACACGUUCCUCAUGGAAAUGCUGGAGUCUCCUUCUGACUCUUAGCUGCACAUACAACGAUGAGAACACAGUCCAUGCUCAAAUGAGUCUGUUGGAAAAUCCAUUUUCCUCAGCUUUUGAAUGUAUCUUAAUGCAGUUCUUUUCCUAUGGGCCUUCAAACAUUCUACAUAAUUGAAUGUUUUUCUGUAUGGAUCUAAACUCGUUACUUAUAAGAUGUUGUUAUUGGGAAAGAAAAUGAAUGUUCUUUGUUUCUUCUUUUUUUUGUCAUAAGUCUGUCCAGUUGCUGUUAUUCUGGUUAAAUUCAUGUCUUGUGAUAUACUGUGUAUGUCAUACACAUGUUCACAUAUUAGUACUGGAAUAUUCAGUUUAUGAAUUUUUUUAUUCCGUGAUAUCACUGUUUUACUAAUUGGAAUGCUCCUAAGUGAAAUAUGAAAGACUUUCAUGUGAAGACACCAAUCACUGAGCUGUGUGAUUGAAGAAAUAUGUAUAGAAAAUAUGUGUAACUUCUUGCUAGUAGUUAAUUUCUUUUUUACACACUUAAUUUUCCUUUGUCUGCAAAUGAAAUUGCAUCUGCUGCAUAGUAUUCACAGCAAUAUACAAAAAUUUUAUAAGAAUAGCAUAGAGAAUAGAAUUUCCUUGCUAUUCAAUGGUAUUUCAAUAUGUUAUGAGCAGCGGUUUCACUGUGUAGUGUUGUACAUAUUGCAAGCAUUUUAUUUAAUUUUCUUUACUUUCAUUUUUCCACUGUACUAUCAUUGAAAUUGAGCAAGAUUGUCAACAUUGUCACAUCUCUGCCAAUCUCUUAUAUGUAUCCUAAGUGCAGGUAGCUUUUAAGACCAUAGGCUUUUCCCUCCCUUAUUCAGUCAUGGAACUUUUACUAAAAUUUGACCGCUUAGAAGUAUCUUGUAAACAACGAAAAUGAUUAUGAAAAGAAAUUUACAUUGUCAUUUCAUAGACGGACAACCCAUUGAGUGCCAAAAAUAAAUUUUGGAUUAAAGGACCACACCUUGUAUAUUUGUUACAAGUAUUCCUUUCUUAAUUUGUUGAGUUCUCUUAUAAGUUUUCACUUCCCUGAAUAUAUUACAACUCAAAAACAAAAUAUAUUUCUUUUAAAUAAAUUUUAUCAUAAAAGAAUUGAACUUAUCACAAAUAUAAUUUAAUGUGUCCUGUAUGUGCUCAGUAGAUUACUACUUAAUAGUAGAAGCUUCUAUUAAUGUUCUAGAAUAUCUCUUUUUUGAAAGUGCCUACAUAACGUUUGGCUGUUUGAAUGUAUUGUUAACGUAGAACUAUGCGAAAUGUGCUCAAGUCUAAUUUGAUGUAUAUGAUUGAGGCACAUAGCACAUAAGUCUUGUUGCAAAUAUGUUUGUGUGCUCUUUGUGUAUUUGUUCAUUUUAGUUUAGAAAUGAAAAAGGUUGUGUUUUAGAGAUUGAGAUGUAAAGAAUUUUUUUAUCAUUCUAAUGUGCAAUAAAAUUUUUUGCAGUGAGAGUUAAUUGUCUAAUCAGUUGAAUAUUUGAUUUUAUAAAUUCACAUUAUAGCGAUUCAUUGACAUUCUGUGUACAUCAAAAAAUAUUGAACUUUCUUCCUCAAGCUAUUCUUUCCUUGAAAUCUUCUUUCAGGCAGCUCUUUAUAUUGUAAAUGUUACUGCAUUAAAAUACAAGAUGCUUUGAUUGGUGUACUUACAUUCCAUAAUAAGGUAUUGUACUUGGAAAUGCCACAAUUGGCAAUUGUAGUUUCUGGGUUUAACAGGUUAAUCAUGCAAAUAGUGCAUUUGUAAAAAAAAAUAAUAUUGAUAUAUCAAUAUUAAGUGGAAAUUGCUGUAUAUAAUGUACUAAGGUUUUGUAUAUAAGUCAUCUUGUAAUUAUUUUUCCAUGCAUCUUUGUGCAUGGUCUAUUGACAAAGAAAAAUUGAUGUAUGUAUCUCUAUGUAAACCGUAUUUUUGCCUGUUCAAGUUUGGAGAAUUCUAUCAUAUGUUUUUAAAGUACCACACAAUAUUUUUUAAUGUGGUAGUAUUUUAUGUCUUGGAAUUCAAUCAUAUGUGAUGGUGUAUGUAUACCAUGUUGUUAUUUCACUGAAAAUCAUUAAAGGUCAAGUAUCUAGAUAACUUUCGUUAUGCUGCCCUGUAAAGCAGCCUUUAUAUUUUUCUAGAGUUUCUUUGCCUCUGUGAAAGUUACUUUUGGGAAUAAGUUUCUCACAGGUGUCCAUUUACAUCAAUUGCUAAGUCUGAAGGGAAACAAGUUAACUGGAAUUUAAAAAUGGUUUCUUUGCAGCUUGAAUAGUAUAGUGUAUAUCUUUUCAGUGUCUGAGGAAUCUCAAAAGUUUUCACAUUGUAGAAAUCAUUGUACUUAUGAGUGUAUGUAUGUAACGAGUAACAAUGUAAUCAAAAUGCUGUGGGGAGUUUCAUUACUUGAAUGCUUGCUUUGGUGGAAUAAUUUCAUUCUCAGCAUUAAAUGUUUGGAGAUUUAGUGCAUUAACAAUUGCAUGCAAAUAACUGGUGCAAGUUUUUUGUAAAAUAUGACCAUUCAAUAUGAAGAAAUGAACUGCACUUUAAGAACUUACACAUGAAAAAAGAACUUUACACCAGAGCAAAAUUAUAGAAAAGUGUAAUCCUUUUUCUGAGAGUAUUAAAAGAAUGACAACCUCUUACCCCUCAGACUACUGUGACCAUUGUACUUUAAUUUGUAUUAGAUAUUUUCUAAGUGCAAGAAUCAGAUUGUGUUUUGAUAAUUUUAGUAUUAAGACAGUUCAGUGACAACUGGUUGAUAUUGUCCUAUUUUAAGUGUAUAAUAAUGUUGGAAUUCCUGAUGAAUAAAAUGUUACUUAUUGCCAAUAUUAUCAAA